CUCGGGGCUGAAACAGCUCUGGGCUUGGUCAUUUGGUGCCCGGGAAGGGAGGGCAAAGGGCUCUACACCUCCCAGGCGGCCCACAGCAAGUCAUGGCUCUACCUGGCCUCAGUUAACGCCUCCAAAGAGGGGAGCUAGUAAUCACGCCUCGCCUCGCUUUGGUCUCAUUCCCUGUAGGGUGUGACAGAAGAGCAAAUGAGCUGUGCUUAGAGCCUGGGCAGGCACAGAGUGACUCUGGGCUAUUUCUUAAUCUAAGACUUAGAGAUCUCCUGCCUACUGUUGAGUAGGGGUUAAUCCAUACAGUGUCCGGAUUGCAAGAUAGGGAGCUGGUGUGCUUAUCAAACAGGGUGUCUGUAUGAGAGCAGGUGGGAGGAAGGAAAGGGUAGAGCAGCUGACUGAAGAACAGAAAAAUGAGUUCAAAGCAGCCUUUGAUAUCUUCGUGCUGGGCGCUGAGGAUGGCUGCAUCAGCACCAAGGAACUGGGCAAGGUGAUGAGGAUGCUGGGCCAGAAUCCCACUCCCGAGGAGCUGCAGGAAAUGAUUGACGAGGUGGACGAGGAUGGCAGUGGCACAGUGGACUUCGAUGAGUUUCUGGUCAUGAUGGUUCGCUGCAUGAAGGAUGACAGCAAGGGAAAGUCUGAGGAGGAGCUGUCUGACCUCUUCCGCAUGUUUGACAAAAACUCUGAUGGCUACAUCGACCUGGAAGAGCUGAAGAUGAUGCUGCAGGCCACGGGGGAGACCAUCACAGAGGACGACAUUGAGGAACUCAUGAAGGACGGCGACAAAAACAAUGACGGCCGCAUCGACUAUGAUGAGUUCCUGGAGUUCAUGAAGGGGGUCGAGUAGAAACUACCCUUGGCCAGAACUGCCUGUACCCACCUUUCAGCUCUAGCUGGCCCUCCCGACUACACCCUCCUCUGAGGGAAUGCAAAUAAAGCCUUGCUCCCUAGAGGCCUAGUGUCCGACUCACAUUCCUGGGGCCCGAGACU